AUGACGUGCGUCGAAGUGGACGCGGAUAUCGAAGCAGAAUGCGUUCUUCUAAAGCGUCGGCUGGAGGAAACGAAAACGCAGCUCCUGAGUCUCUGUCGCGAGUUGCCGCGAACCAGGAACGAACCGGAACUAGAGAGGUUAAACCAAGUAAGGCGCGACAUGGUAGAAACCUUUUACGAUAAGCUGAUUGGGUUGGAAAAGAAGAGAAAUGACUACGGCGAAACGGAAAUAGAGGCAGCCCUAAUCAACCGGCAAUAUUGCAUCGAUUUGAAGACGCGACUGCAGCAGCAAAUCGACAAGGAAUGGGAGGAAAUAUCUUCCAUGUAUGUGUCACAGGCUCCAGCUGGGGGUACCCUCGAAAGCCGAGAACGGGUAGAUUGGCUAAGUAACGUCCGACACCGAUUAGGAGUACUAGACAAUGCGACGCAGAAACUAGUGUUCAGCUUCAAGCGGGCGGCGGUGAUGGUUUUCAGUGGUCUGUUUCGAGAGCUCAAGAGUCUCGAAGACCCUUUGACGGAUAUACACAAGUUGGAGGAAACGGAGCUCCACUACGAUUUGGACACAUACUUGCUGCGCGCGAGCGAUGACACGUUUGGAUCUCAUAGGAAAGUUUGGGAAGCCGCAUUGGCCGACAUGGAGGGAAUAAUAGAAGACGGUUGCCGGUUUCUGGCGGCGGCGCUAGAGCUGUGGCAGCAUGACUUCGAGAGAGUCCAAGUGAUGCAGUCUCUCGUGCUGCGAGAUAUCGAUGAGACGAUGCGGUGGAACGAUGCAUUAGCUCAGAGUCACGAACCCGAACUGAACAUCUUGAUAGACACUUUGAGAGAGGAGUCGAGCAGGGAGGAGCUGGACGGGAUAAUGGAACGAAUCUUCGCGUUCCUGCGCCAAAUAGAAGACCGGUACGCUGCGCAGCACCGAGCCGAAUGCGACGUCGCCAAGAAGUACGACGCCCUCGCCGAAGUAGAAGGGAACGUGGUCCGCCACGAGAUAGUGAGGUUCCUGCUGGUUUACGAAUCCUACACAGUUCGCAAAGAAGACGACCAUGACGACGCUGUCUUGCCGAAUCAGAUGCUCUACUGCAAAUUCCAAGUAGGCGCGUUGAAAAAUUGGCAGUUUGGGCUCUGGCUGGCGAUAAAGAAAUACUUGGAGACGUCCAGGGAGGAGAUACGGAGCGCGGCCGCCGAGUGGGUCGCGGAUCAAACGGCUAGAAUUGACGCUAGGUGGGAGUUGCGCUUGGAGGUGCACCGCCGCGUCCCGGAAUGCGUGGAAUUCUACGUCUACCGGGAAAGGCUCGAGGAGCUCUGUAGACACAACGCUAAGCUGACGGCCUACGAGAAGGCAGUGCAAAAUAAUGUUGAGCGACUAAAACGGGACCGACCGGAAUACGACUCGAUAUGCGCACGGUAUAGUCAAGAACUUCGACGUCUCGAAGUCAAAACCACGGUCAACGCGAAUUUCGCCAUUCUCCAGACUUUAACGGCCAAAACUCUGGAAGACGUCCACGGAGGAUGCGCGGAAUACGCGAAACGAUGCGACGUGGUGCUGAGCGAAACGAACCAAACGAGUUUCGAGUUCCUCCGGGCAGCCAGGUUGUUCCACGAAGGGGGCAACUUCGACGCGCGGGAAGCCCGCGACCUCGCAGGACGCCUCAACGCGCUGAACGCAUACGCGAAAAAAGGCGCAGAAAGUGCGAAAAACGACGACCAAAACCGCGCGGCGGUCGCCCGUGACGUAGUAGCGGCCCGCACGGAAGAGACGUUUCGAAUGAUAAGGAUUAUCGAGGAAGAGCGUCGGUUCGAUUACGAGGCCAAGCGCAUCGUGAGGCGCCUAGAAUCCGAUGCAAAACGUCAAGCAAAUGAGUUAAGCGAUCGCCUAAAACGGGCCAAAAAAUCUUUCGAUGAGCUUCGUCAAAAUAUUAACGACGAAGACUUCGAUAAAGUUUCGUCAACGUAUUCGACGAUUUCGGACGACAUAAUUCAUGUGGGUGAACGUCUUCUCAAGACCGUCCCUAGCGAAGGAGAGCAGUGGCGCCAUCUACAGGCUAUAGGCGAGAAGUUUUACGCGGAAGAAAGCAGACGCAUCUACUCGAGCGUUCCCCCCACGUUGGAGGAUUUCAUUGAAAAAAUGCGGGAGAAACUCGCCAACGUCGAAAAACGCCGCGAAACCGACCGCGUCGCCAUCUUGCGGGAGUUUUUGAAAACGGCCGCGGCCUUUCACAGCUUUUUUCGUGAUUACUUCGACUCGUACGCUGGACGUCGGUCGAGAAAAUUCACUCGCGAAUUCGGCGCUGAGUUCGAAACAAUCUUGGCCGAAAUUGAAAUCGAAAAAGGCGAAAUAGGUCGCCGAUACAGGAAUUUCAUUCGCGAACUGAUGCCACUGCAUGGACAUCCGAAUAACGCGCCGCUAUUGGCCGAUUUGAAGUGGCGAAUGAUGGAGAUGCAAAGGCAGAUGGACGAGGCCCUGUCCAAUCAGGAUCGGCCACGGGAGCGGCUGCAACGGCGUUUUGAGCGUUAUGAGGGUUACUACCGGGAAAUUGCCGCCCGCAUGCCUGAAAUUAUUGAAAAUAACGACAGAGUGAGACGCCUGAUCGCCAAAUUGAGGACUCAUAGUGCAGGGCAGACGCCGGCAGAAAUGGUCCCAGCCCCGCCCACCGCCGAUGUUAAUUUGGGUUUGCCAGACUUGCGGCAAUGCUUCGACAGCUACAAAGAGCGCUUGGAGGAAGACGAUCUGGACGCGUACCACGCUAAAUUGAAACUCGAGUGGCAGGACGCCGUCGAAAGGGUCUUGGACUUGUACAAAUGUUCGAAAUAGAUAAAAUUAUUAAAAGGGAGCGAAUAAUCACUGGAACUACUCGAAAGAACUUUAAAAAUAUUAUUCUGUUGAAAAUAAUGUACACCGUUCAAUGAAUGUCUUUAGCUUU